CUUAAAUAUUAUGUACCCGCUCCAAAACGUAAAUCAUUUCCCAUUCUGAAACGUUGGAUAAAUUAGUACCCGCUCCGAAGAAAAAAGACUCUUUUUACUUUGUGAUGUCGUUUGAAAUUUGUAAAUAAUGGAAUGUCAUUAUAUUGUUAACACCAGUAUCGGGUUGUUUUCAAAGGGAUAAAAGGAACAACUUAAACACAGAAGUUUUGUUUUCGGAUGUACUCGAUAGUCAUGGGUCAUACUACAUAGAAUAGAAAAACACGACCUUUUGAAUGAUGGAUUUGACAUUGAUGAUAUCUUUUGUGACAAUUUCUCUCUUUCCAGGUUAUGGGUUCUCGUGUAAGACUGAUGACGCUUUCGAAUCAGAAUGUAUGACACCCUACAACAAUUAUCUGACGACAAAUUUCUGGACUAAUAUUUGCAGUGACCAAGGAAAACUGGUAUACUCGUGUAUUUUAGCACAGAAUAACUGUCCUACUGAAAAUGCAGUUCAAACAACGUUUCUAGAAAAAUUCAAAGCUCGAUUCGACCCAUACAAAAUGAACAUAGGAUUCGCAUGCGAAUAUCAAAACACCGUCUGUCAGGGUGUCACACUCUGCGUACCGUCAAGUAUAUACGGCUUCCAAGGGGUGACAGUGUAUGAUUUCUACAAAUAUUUCUGCGGACCGGAAGUAUCGUUGUGGACUAUGUUCAAAUGCCUUGCGGAUUUACAGCCAUCUUGUCCUGUUACUGUAGAACAGUUUUCGACGUACCAGUUAAAUACACCCUCGGGUCUUUUAUCAUACUCGUCACUUGCCACCAACACAUUAGCAGAAUGUGCAAAAAUUGGAGAUGAAGAUGUACAAUGUAUUCAGUCAAAAGUUGGUGAUAUUGCUCAGUGCGGCAUCAUUUCGACAAUAAACAUGACGUUUUUGACUAUGAACUGCCAGUAUACUUCUAAGACUAAAGCAUGCGUUUCUGCGAAAUGUGGAGCUAGUGUGGCAACAUUCUACGAUGCAAUGUACACAUUUUUAAAUUGUUUCCUAAACAAUGGAGAAUGGAGCGGUUGGACUGGAUGGUCGACGUGCACGUUAACAUGUGGCCAGGGUAUCACACUACGAACACGUGAUUGCAGCAUUGGACCAAUUUCCGGUGAACAGGUUUGCGAAGGAGAAAGCACGGAAAUUAAAGACUGUACAAUAACAGAGUGUCCAGUUGAUGGUCAGUUUGGAUUUUGGGGAUAUUGGUCAGAGUGUAAUCAAAAUUGUGGCGGAGGGUCUCGAACUCGAACCAGAUCGUGCAACAACCCAACACCAGCCAAUGGUGGAAAGGAUUGCGAGGGAGAUAAAAGCCAAUCGGAGCUUUGUAACGAACAGCAAUGUGCUGGAGACUAUGGACUUUGGAGUGUUUGGAGCACGUGCUCUAAAUCAUGCGGCCAGGGUUCACAAUCUCGGACAAGGACUUGUGAAGGAGGCGGUUCAUGUAGCGGACCCAGUUCAGAAUCGAAAUAUUGCACUGUACAAGAAUGUCCAGGUGAAUAUGGACUUUGGAGUGAAUGGAGCACGUGUUCUACAACAUGCGGCAAGGGCUCACAAUCUCGGACAAGGACUUGUGAAGGAGGCGGUUCAUGUAGCGGAUCCAGCUCAGAAUCAGAAGAUUGUAUUGUACAAGAAUGUCAUGUGGAUGGGGCGUUCAGUGACUGGGAAGUAUGGACAAUCUGUUCUAAGACAUGUGGCGGAGGAAUUCGCACGAGAGCACGGACAUCGUUCAAAUCCUUCUCCGGCUUUUGGCGGGAUAGAAUGUGAUGGAUCAUACAAACAGUCAGAUACGUGUAACGGGCUCACAUGUCCAGGUAAAAGAGAAGUUAGCUGAUUAAACUC